UCUGAAUGUUAACAUGAAAAUGGCGUAGGCGUGAGAAGGCAAUACAUUAUUGAGAGAUGCUGGGUGCUCAAAACAUUUUCCCAAGUUCGUCCAUCGUGAUAGUGAAUCCCAGGAUCGACCAUCGUUGCACAAACAAACCGGGCAACAUUAUCCGAUUCCAAUCAAGGGCAGUGACCGUGAACGAUGCCAUCACUUCCGACCCCGAGCUAACUUGGCAAAUUGUGGUUGGAGCUAUAGCGGGUGUUGCUCCAUUUGUGGUGGCCGGGGUUGAGUUCAGCAAGAGAAUUGUGGAACAGAGAAAUUGCAAGGUGUGUAGAGGCUCUGGCCUUGUAUUAAGGGACAAUAAGUAUUAUUUUCGAUGCCCUGCUUGCGGUGGAUUUCUGCCAUGGCAAUCCUGGAAGAGAUUCUUUACUGGUUAAAUGUUACGGAUUCCUGAGACAAUACCUUUGUAUCCUCAUAAGUGUUUUGACAUUGAGUAUUCUUGUACUAGUUCCCAUUGUUGGCGUUUAACAAGAUUCCAAUUCAAAAUCAAACAAGAGACUACUAUUGCAUUAUGUAACAAUCCAUUGAGGACUACUAUUUUCUUUGUUAAUAUAACGCCCCACUUUUUGAA